AACUACUCCCCCCUCCCUUUAUAAAUAGGGUCCCCCUUCCUCCUCCGCUUCACUAGCUAGCUCUCCAGCUCUAGCACUCCACAGUAUUCCAACAUUUCAAUUUCAUCAACACAGAAACUCAAACACCCAAAAGAAAAAAUAAAAAGGCCCUCCAAAAAGAAAGAUCGAGAGAGAACACCUAAAGAAAAAUAUGACAAGCAGCAUGAAACAACAACAACGUCAGGUGGAUGAUCAGAUGGUCCUCAUUUCUCAGUACUAUCCUGAUAUUUACACCCAACUCGUGCCAGAACCAGGAGAGGUGAAGCCGCGGCGACGGCGAAGGAAGAACAAAACAGGAGAUAGCGGGGGGAGUGGGAUAAGGAAAAGGAAGUUAAGCGACGAACAAGUUCAUCUCCUGGAGCUGAAUUUCGGGAGCGAGCAUAAGUUGGAGUCGGAGAGGAAAGACAGGCUGGCGUCGGAGCUGGGGCUGGACCCACGCCAAGUGGCGGUUUGGUUCCAGAACCGCCGGGCUCGUUGGAAGAGCAAGAAGCUGGAAGAAGAAUACUCCAAGCUCAAAUCUGAACAUGAGAGCACCGUCGUCGAAAAAUGCCGUCUUGAAACUGAGGUGUUGAAGCUGAAGGAGCAGCUGAAUGAAGCAGAAAGGGAGAUGCAGAGGUUAGUGGAGAGGUCGUCGGAUGGGAUUUCGAGCAACAGCCCGAGUUCAUCUUUCUCAAUGGAAGCAAUGGAGCCGCUUUUUCUCGGGGAAUUUGGAAUGGAAGGAUUGGACAAUGUGUUCUGUGUACCUGAGCAGCAGCAGAAUAUUAAUGGUUAUGUGAAUGAAUUGGGGUGGCCGGUUAAUUUGUAUCAUCAAUAUGGGGUGUAAUUAUAUAUUGGUAGUAGUAUCAUUAUUAUGAAGUAGUAGUAGUAGUAGUAGUAAUGUGGCUUCUUAAGUGUUAAUUAGUAGUACAUUAGAAUUAAAUUAAUGAUUGUAUAUGUAGAUAUAGUGAUAUGAUGAUGAUGACUGAUGACGACCCAUCAACUAAUGUACAAUCUUUUUCCCUGGCUUUCUGGUUAGUGUCUUUAAUUUUAGUGUUAGUUUUUAUCAAUGAUAUUGACUGCCAUUAUUUACUAUAAACCUGCAAUUUGUCUCCUGGAUCUGUACC